AUGAAUACACAAGGUGUGACCGAGCAGCUGGCGAUGGCACAGGCCCGAUCAUCUGCUGGCAGGGGUUCGGUAACUAGUCUUUCGAGUCCUCAGUCGAGGUCUCUGGCCGCCUCCAACCACAAAAGCGUCACAUCUAUUCCGUCAAAUCUACUACCAUCUGCGCCUGCGUCACCUCCGACUCCGGCCCCGAGUCCCACGCCUCAUCAGAGACCCCCAAACUGGCAGUCGGCCGACGAGGAAGAUGAUGCGUUUCUGCUGAAUGCCCGGAUUCAUUUCAGCUCGCUGUCCAACGCGAAGAAACAGAAAUUUUUGGUCGGUAUACUUGGCUUGUGCGAUAGUCAACAUCUCAGCUUUGUCUCUAGCUAUGUUAGUCCACGCUUGAGAAAGGAUCCGUUCCAAGUAUUCCCUAAUGAACUAUGCUUGAGGGUCCUUUCCUUUAUCGAUGAUCCAAAAACACUUGCAAGAUCGUCACAAGUAUCGAGGCGUUGGCGUGAGCUGUUGAAUGAUGAUAUCACAUGGAAGAACCUCUGUGACAAGCAUGCAUACGUAUACCGGAGGAUGUCCGAGGACGAACGAGACUUUGUCGACCCUUUCCACAGUCAUCCUCUACAGACUGUUUCCAGUACACGCUCUUUGAACACACUUCAAAGAACCUCUAGUAUAUCGGACCGCCAGGCUGCGGAUAGGCUUCCCGAUCUAUCUCGCACAUUCUCUGGCAACUGGCUUCCGUCGUCAAAUUUUUCGGCUCGGAAACGGCGGGGUCGGCCAGCCUCCUACCGGUCUCACUUCAAGAAAAAGUACAUGGUUGAAUCUGCUUGGAAUAAAGGCGGACGAUGCACCCAGCGACACAUCACUCCAGAUCAGGGCGUUGUCACAAGUCUGCACCUUACUUCCAAGUACAUCAUCGUCGCUCUGGAUAAUGCCAAGAUCCACGUUUAUGAUAUCAACGGAGAUAACCAGAAAACGCUGCAAGGCCAUGUGAUGGGUGUAUGGGCUAUGGUUCCGUGGGACGAUAUACUCGUGAGUGGUGGUUGCGACCGAGAGGUUAGGGUUUGGAACAUGGCUACUGGGGCUGGAAUCCACCUAUUACGUGGCCACACAUCGACCGUACGUUGCUUGAAGAUGUCCGACAAGAAUACUGCUAUUUCCGGGUCAAGAGAUUCCACGCUGCGGAUUUGGGAUCUGGUGUCAGGCACUUGUAGAAAUGUCCUGGUCGGGCACCAGGUGAGUGUCAGAUGCCUUGCCAUUCACGGGGAUAUCGUUGUUUCCGGAAGCUAUGAUACAACAGCACGCAUCUGGAGUAUCUCGGAAGGGCGAUGCCUGAGAACCUUAUCAGGCCAUUUCAGCCAGAUCUAUGCGAUUGCUUUUGACGGUAGAAGAAUCGCGACUGGAAGUCUUGAUACUAGUGUACGAAUCUGGGAUCCGCACUCUGGCCAGUGUCAUGCUAUCCUUCAAGGCCAUACUUCCCUGGUUGGACAGCUGCAGAUGCGGGGUGACACUUUGGUGACUGGAGGCUCAGAUGGCUCCGUUCGAGUCUGGUCGUUGACAAAGAUGGCUCCCAUCCACCGCUUGGCUGCCCACGAUAAUAGUGUGACCAGUCUUCAAUUUGACAGUAGUCGCAUCGUAAGUGGUGGCAGUGAUGGUCGGGUUAAGGUCUGGAGUCUACAAACUGGCCAGCUCCUCCGAGAACUUUCCUCACCUGCAGAGGCUGUUUGGAGAGUUGCGUUCGAAGAAGAAAAAGCCGUGAUCAUGGCCAGCAGGGCCGGUCGCACCGUGAUGGAGGUGUGGACCUUCUCCCCACCCCCAGAAGACAGCGACGAUGAUGAUGCGAUUAUUGAAAGCACCUCAAGCACUCCAGGACUACGCUCUGCGAAAGAAAGUAACAACGAUGACCUUGCGCUUGCAGCUCAUAGUGGCCGACACAGAGCUCUCUUCUCGGAUCCCCCUUCAACGAUACCCCGAGGCAGCGAUGAUGACCAGCUGAUGCCGGAUGCCUCUUAA